AUGUUCAAGCUAACGAUUAUUGUGGCGGUUGUGUUCGCUUGCAUAGCGGAUACAACAUGCCAUCCUUCCUUCGAGUCUUCGAGUAGAAUUCGCCAGCACUUAGAUAGCCAAGAAACCCUGUCACGCAUCGCCAGGAGUGUGGAUCAACUCGAACCCACGAGCCAACAACACUUGGACAGCGUAGAGACUUUGUCCAGGAUUGCCAGGAGUGUUGAACAAUUAGAAGCUGCGAGCCAGGAGCACUUAGAUAGCCAAGAAACUCUGUCACGCAUCGCCAGGAGUGUGGAACAACUCGAACAUACGAGCCAACAACACUUGGACAGCGUAGAGACUUUGUCCAGGAUUGCCAGGAGUGUUGAACAAUUAGAAGCUGCGAGCCAGGAGCACUUAGAUAGCCAAGAAACUCUGUCACGCAUCGCCAGGAGUGUGGAACAACUCGAACAUACGAGCCAACAACACUUGGACAGCGUAGAGACUUUGUCCAGGAUUGCCAGGAGUGUUGAACAAUUAGAAGCUGCGAGCCAGGAACACUUAGAUAGCCAAGAAACCCUGUCACGUAUCGCCAGGAGUGUGGAACAACUCGAACCCACGAGCCAGCAACACUUCGACAGCGUAGAGACUCUGUCUAGGGCUGCCAGGAGUGUGGAACAGCUUGAACCUACUAGCCAGCAACACUUCGACAGCGUAGAGACUCUGUCUAGGGCUGCCAGGAGUGUGGAACAGCUUGAACCUACGAGCCAGCAACACUUCGACAGCGUAGAGACUCUGUCCAGGGCUGCCAGGAGUGUGGAACAGCUUGAACCCACGAGCCAACAACACUUCGACAGCGUAGAGACUUUGUCCAGGAUUGCCAGGAGUGUUGAACAAUUAGAAGCUGCGAGCCAGGAGCACUUAGAUAGCCAAGAAACUCUGUCACGCAUCGCCAGGAGUGUGGAACAACUCGAACAUACGAGCCAACAACACUUGGACAGCGCAGAGACUCUGUCUAGGGCUGCCAGGAGUGUGGAACAAUUAGAUAGCCAAGAAACCCUGUCACGUAUCGCCAGGAGUGUGGAACAGCUUGAGCCCACGAGCCAGCAACACUUCGACAGCGUAGAGACUCUGUCCAGGGCUGCCAGGAGUGUGGAACAGCUUGAGCCUACGAGCCAGCAACACUUCGACAGCGUAGAGACUCUGUCCAGGGCUGCCAGGAGUGUGGAACAGCUUGAGCCAACGAGCCAGCAACACUUCGACAGCGUAGAGACUCUGUCCAGGGCUGCCAGGAGUGUGGAACAGCUUGAGCCCACGAGCCAGCAACACUUCGACAGCGUAGAGACUCUGUCCAGGGCUGCCAGGAGUGUGGAACAGCUUGAGCCCACGAGCCAGCAACACUUCGACAGCGUAGAGACUCUGUCCAGGGCUGCCAGGAGUGUGGAACAGCUUGAGCCCACGAGCCAGCAACACUUCGACAGCGUAGAGACUCUGUCCAGGGCUGCCAGGAGUGUGGAACAGCUUGAACCUACGAGCCAGCAACACUUCGACAGCGUAGAGACUCUGUCUAGGGCUGCCAGAAGUGUUGAACACCUUUAA